AUGGAGGUUGAGCCUACUUGCCCAAUGUGUGGUCUUCACCCAGAAGAUACCAUGCAUGCAUUAGUAUCAUGUGUUUAUGCCCGUGCUGUUCGGAGCCACACUACCCUGCCGUCUUUUAGCCCUCCUUACGCUGAGUUUCCUUUGUGGUUUGAGGGUGUUUUGACAAACUUUUCUUCUGAUAAUAUUAUGCUAGCAGCUGCUGUGUUAUACCAUAAAUGGAGAGCGAGAAACAGGGCUGUCUGGGAGGCGGCACUUCCUUCGCCGAGGGCGGUAGCUACGGCUGCAACAGCUACACUCCAGGCUUGGCGGCUGGUUCAUGCAUCCUCUCCUCAGGGUCACCCACACAGCACCGGAACCCUCCGAUUGGUUCAUGGACACUACAUCGCUGCCUUCAACAGCCAUCCUAGGGCCUGUCUUAGCUUUCUCCAUUAA